UCGUCUCGACCUUGGCGUUUGACGUGCAGCAGCAUGGCGAACAAGGAGCCCAAUCGCUUUGUCCAGCACUUGAGAGAUCUGGCAGGUCGGCUAUCUUCGUCUGGUGGCAGAGGGGCAGGAUUAGGACUGAAGCUGCUGCUUGGAGCUGGUGCUUUGGCAUAUGGCAUUAAAGAAUCCACCUACACAGUGGAGGGUGGUCACAGGGCCAUCAUCUUCAACAGGAUCGGAGGGAUGCAGAUGGACACUGUCCUGGCUGAGGGGCUGCAUUUCAGGGUGCCAUGGUUCCAGUACCCUAUUAUCUAUGAUAUCCGAGCCAGACCCAGGAAGAUCUCCUCUUUGACUGGCAGCAAAGAUCUGCAGAUGGUCAACAUAGCGGUGCGAGUAUUGUCCAGACCCAUGGCAUCCAACCUGCCAACUAUGUACCAACAUCUGGGGAAGGACUACGAUGAAAGAGUCCUACCCUCCAUUGUCAAUGAGGUCCUUAAGUCAGUGGUGGCAAAGUUCAACGCCUCACAGCUCAUCACACAGAGAGCACAGGUGUCCCUGCUGGUCCGCAGGGAGCUGUUUGAGAGAGCCAAAGACUUCAACAUCAUUCUUGACGAUGUGGCCAUUACUGAGCUGAGCUUCAGCAGCCAGUACACUGCUGCUGUAGAGGGCAAGCAAGUUGCCCAGCAAGAGGCCCAGAGAGCCCAGUUCUACGUGGAGAAAGCCAAACAAGAUCAGAGACAGAAGAUCAUCCAGGCUGAGGGAGAGGCUGAAGCUGCCAAAAUGCUGGGGCAAGCAGUGACUAAAAACCCAGGCUACCUGAAGCUGAGAAGAAUCAGAGCAGCACAGAACAUCGCUAAGACGGUGGCAUCAUCUCAGAACAAGGUGUACCUUAAUGCUGAAAGUUUGGUCCUGAACCUACAAGACCAUAUAGUUUUUGACAAUUUGUCACUGGGCAAAAAGAAGUGAUGAAGACACAAAGAGAGGCAAUGGAUCUGCAUCUGUUAUCAACGUAUAUGAACAGUCUGUCAGUUUUACAUAGAGAAUCAAGAAUGGAGAUUUUUGUUUUUAUUUUUGCCACUCUCAGACAUUUGGAAGUUGCCUGCAUUACCUUUGAUGUUUGUCAAUGAAUUGAUGCGAGGGAACAAAACAGUGCUCUAAUUUUCACAAUGAGCAGAGGCCUGUACUACGAAGCUGGAUUUUCUCUUAUGGAGGUAACUUCAGGGUUAACUCUGGGUUUUCCAUCCUACGACGCUGGUUCACUUCUUACCGGGGUAAAUCACCAUGGUAACUUAUGCUGAACGGCUAACCUGCUGCGGAGCAGGUUAUGUUCUGGAUAAGAGAUCAACAAGAUUAACAUGAAUAAAUACAUAACCUUACCACCACUCCAGUUUCAGAACUUGUGUCAGGAAACCUGACAAAAGUCUCAAUAAGAACAUCUUGAGAGUAAUCGCUGCAAAAGUGCAGAAAAACAGAAUUUUAUUCAUAUUUUUUAAUUGACCAAAAUAUAUAUUUAAAGCCUUGAGGCACAUGAGGGAUAUUAUUCUGUAUGUUAUACAGUUGGUUUGACUUCCUGAGAUCAAAGGGUCAGGGAGCAUAAUAACUUUAUUUAUUUAUUGUAAUUGUAAAAAAUUGACGAAAAGAUAUAUUUGUAAAAUAACCCUUGUGGCACAUGGGUGAUAUUAGUCUGUAUGUUAUACAGUUGGUUUGACAUCAUUCACUCAAAUGGUUGAAGCGCAUAAUAGGUUUGUAUUUUGAAUGUCAAAUGAAUGUUGAAUAUUAAACUAACUUAAUGUCACUACGAAAGGUUUUGGCCUGAUGACGUGUUUGAAUUCUUCAUAUUUGUGAAGAAUAAUUGUCUGCUCCUCCAUGGUAAAGUAGGCUGCUCUGCAGGGUUUCUCCAUGUUUGUGAUUGGUCAGACGCUGCAAACACCUUUAACCCUUUUAUGUGAGCGCGCACUGAUCAAGAGGAAAACCCUGGGUUGAAUUACCGAGUUGAUGACCAGCUUCAUAGUACCGUUUAUCAGGAUUGUGAAUGUCUGGGUAAAUCAACCCAGGUAACGGAGAGAUAUCCAGGGUAUGUUAAUCCAGCUUCGUAAUAUACAGGCCUCUGAACAGCAGUAAGAGAUUUGUUUUUUGACAAAUAGAAAUACAAAAUCAAACAAACCAAGAGGAAGCACACUUAUCCAAUGAUUCUUUUUUUUUUUGAUUUAAGUGUCUUGCAAGAGCCUUUUUUAAAAAUAAGAAUUGAUGCAACAGUAAUUCAGGAGGAGAAUGUUUGUCAGUGUUUCAUAUCUCCACCAACGUGGAGGUGUUGUAACAGAUGUUUGGUUGUGUGGAUUCAGCCACCUGCAUUGGCAGACCAAGUUAAUACAACCUAAUUUAUGAUUCAAUAAA